AUACUAAUUGUGAUAAGCAAUGCCUCAGCCUCACCUUUGAAUGCCUUACAGUCUUUCCUUCCUACUGUCAACAUUAUCAAUAAUCAUUCUCAACUUGUCUCGUUUCGAAAUUUAUUGCGAGUAAAAAAGCAUGGCACCUGAGAAGGAUGCAUUUGAAGGAGUUGAAUGGAGGAUAAGAGUGGCUGAUGGUUCAUCUGAGGUUCCGGUUACGGAUACAGGGCUUGCGAGAAAGGUGUGGGUAAAAACAAAAGACUUAUUUUCAUGUUUGGGUUUGAAAGUGUGGAUGUUUCUUAAGAAAGCAUGGGAAAUUGGGGCUAAUGAUCCUAGAAAAGUGAUUCAUUGCUUUAAGGUAGGACUGGCACUCACACUGGUAUCACUGUUCUACUUUAUGAGGCCUUUGUAUGAUGGCGUCGGGGGCAAUGCUAUGUGGGCUCUUAUGACAGUCGUACUUGUAUUCGAACCAAACGUCGGCGCCACUUUAUACAAAUGUUUGAAUAGAAUAUUUGCAACUUUUGUUGCUGGGUUUCUUGCCUUAGGGGUACAUUGGAUUGCCAGUCGAUCCGGGGACAGAUUCGAGCCCUAUGUUGUAGGAGCAUCGGUUUUCCUAUUAGCUUCAAUGGCAACCUUCUCCAGAUUCAUUCCAUCAGUAAAGUCCCUCUUUGAUUAUGGUGCCAUGGUCUUCAUCCUCACCUUCAGCUUCGUUGUCGUAUCAGGCUAUAGAGUGGAUAAGUUAUUUGACUUUGCGCAUCAAAGAAUAUCCACCAUUUUCAUUGGAACUUCCUUAUGCAUUCUUGUGAUUAUUCUUGUCUGUCCCAUUUGGUGCGGCCAGGAGCUCCAUGGAUUGACUGUUCGUAACAUGGACAAACUCGCCGAUUCCCUCAACAGUUGUGUAACACAUUAUUUUACAUACAUCAAUGGAGAAGAUGAUAAAAGAUUGCAAGGUUACAAGUGCGUGCUAAGCUCCAAGGCAUCAGAAGAUUCUAUGGCAAAUUUUGCUAGGUGGGAGCCUUCCCAUGGACGGUUCAACUUCCGGCACCCAUGGAAACAGUACCUGAAAAUUGGGGCAUCGAUGCGCAGCUGUGCUUAUUGUAUAGAGGCUCUCAACAGUUGCAUCAACAAAGAAAAUAAGGCUGCUGAAUCCAUAAAGAAACAUCUCAGCACUAGCUGCUUGAAAGUGAGCUCUAGCUCAUCAAGUGCCAUAAGAGAGUUAGCCCAAAGUGUGAAGAAAAUGAAGUCACCCACCGUACAUACGUGUAUCGGAGAAAUGAACAGAGCGGUGGAAGAACUCCAGAAUGACUUAAAAUCGCUUUCUCAUUUGCUGGAUCCGUCGACAACCGUGGAAAACAAAGAACAUGAGACACCAUUCUUGAAGGCAAUUGGUUCAGUCCCUUUCAUGGAAAUCAUACCAGUGGUGACUUUGGCUUCUGUACUAAUCGAAAUUGCGGUGCGGACUGAAGCCCUUGUUGGUUCUGUGGAAGAACUAGCCAAGUUAGCUGAUUUUGUAACCAAUGAUGACAAGUCUAAGAAAAGUGAAAUGAAAGAUAAAAUUGUACCAGAUGAGGAGAAACCUGAAGGAACCAUGGAGGCUCUUCAAAGGGUCUGAGCUCCUAAGUCAUGUUUCUUUGUUUUAGUGUCAAGGGUAAAGUACACAAAUAGUCCCUCGGCUAUAGGAUG